CAGUCAAAACAUUAAAGAUGGCGAACAUGGCGAGUGGUAUGUACCAGCAAAUGGUGGUGCCCGCGCCUUACCACUUCCACCAGCCGCAACCACAGCCCAUGCCUGCGGUGCCACCCGAACCCGAACCCAAGAAGGAACCCAAAAAGCGUAAAAAACCCGCGGAAAAGCUCAAUGGAGAGAAGAAGAAGCCGCGAAUCAUCGGUCAGACGGCGUACAUGUCAGGCAUGAGAGUGGACACUGGGGCAGUGGAGGUGGAAGAGUGCUCUCGCUGCAACAAAAAGAAGUGUUUUAAGCAUGGCGAUGCUAAGAAUAAAAAUCAGAUGUCUAAGAAAACUCCAGAAGAUACAGUAUUACAGAUGAAGAAGCAUAUGCUAAAGUUGCUUUCAAUGCAUGACUAUACAGUAUUUUGUAAAGCAGAGAAGAAUGGUCAAGUAGAUGUAGAUAUCUCCAAGAUGCACCGAUCCUACCUGGAGGAACAUGAGCCACAGGCAUUUGAGCCACCACCAUCGAAUGAUCCAAAUAGAGAAUACAAACCUAAGGUGAAACAGUGGCUGUAUAGAAAAAUAUUUUUAGAUGAAUUUAAGAGCUUCGAAUACAAUGAAUGUAAACGACAUAUUGGAGACUUGAGACGCAGUAUAGAAAGUGUGAUGAUUCAGAAAAAGAAGAAAGCCCCUAAACCCAAACCUCCGGCUCCUCCCCCUCAACAUCAGGUUAUACCACAGGAUUAUAGCAUGAACAACCACAGUGCAAGUAAUGGUGGACCCACUGAUAUGAGUCGAACAGCUAUGCCUCCCCCUGGAACAAUUGUUACCACCACCACACAUCCACCAGUCAGUACUGCACCGGGUGGCUACCAACCCAACUUGAUGAAUCUGGGUGUGGAAACAUCAUCUGCACCAGUGUCCUCUAUGGCAGCUAUGGGUGCAACUUCAACACUUCACAAUUCUCUAGCUACUUAUAUGACUCAGCAGGUACAACCUAACUUGUUGUUUGGCUUAGGACAACAACAGCAACCACCACCUGCACAACAACAGCCCCUUAAUUUACAAACCUCUCAUCAAGGUCAGCCAACUAUGCAAGCACCCCCUCACCAAGCUCCAGGAGCUGCAGCCCCACCGAGUGCUGCACCUCCGUUGCCACUUAAUUUACACAAUCCCUAUUAUGUCUCGCUGGGACCAAUGUUGCCUCUUCCAAUGUCUACGCCGCAACAUAACCACCAACAACAGUUCCAGCAGAAUAUGUUGCAACAGCAACAGGGGAUUCCAGGGGGGUUUAACCAACACACUAUGUACCAGUGAGGCAAGGCGGCCCCCAGCCCCACCCACUACCCGUCCCCUGUGCCAGCACAACACCGAAACCAAUAUUGUCCAUACACACGAAUGCCAGCUAUAUCUGGCUCCUAUCAGUAUACCUGGUCUGUGGCAUCUCCCGUGGCACCAAAUAACUCGUUGGCUACAACACGACAAGUAGACUUUCCUUCUUCGUUAGCUUCACAACCACAGCACUGCUACCCAGCUAAUUCUUUACCACAGCUGUCUUCACAAAACUUUCCACAUGUGACAACUUCUCUUCCACCUACCACUUCUAAUCAUGCAUGUAAUGCUUUAUCACAACCAUUAUACCAAAAUCAAUGCACAAAUUCUUCCCUUUCUUCAGAUACAUCAGACCAUCAAAGGGUUUCCCCUGUUCAGACUACUUCAGUGAUGUCACAAAGCCCACUUUCCACAUCAUCUCAACCUACCUCACAUAAUGUUACAACAUCUAACCCGACUUCCACGUCACAACAGAUCAUUACUACCAGUUCCUCGUCAGGUACAUUACAAAGUCAUUAUGCACCAAAAGCAGUGCAACAUGUCCUUAUGGUCAACCCUCCCCAUAAUGCUUUACCGAAUAGCUAUUCACCCAGUGUUCAUGUUUCCCCAACACAAUUGAUAUUAGAUAAAAACAACUCGGGACUAUCUGGUAGCCAGCAACUAACAAACCAGAAAGGUGGAGCCACAGCCCAACAGACUUAUAUGCCAAUGUAGUUAAAAUUUAUAUUUAUCAAAGUUUUAUCUUCAGGCACUUGUUAGUAUACAAUAUUGUAAGAUAGUGAUAUAUAAAGUAGUUGCAGUUUAUCAAUUGCAACUGUUUUCUGUGUAUGUGUGUGUGAUGUGUCUGGUACAGAUAAGGUAAGUGGCCAUGCACAUGAAUACAAAUAAAAAUUAUCUUAGGGACUACGGGGCCGAGCUGAUGGAAUCUCUCGUUGGCUUAUUGCAGAUUUGGCAUUAGAUGCAAAUAAGCAAAUGGGAGUGGCAAAUGCCAUCACAAAACUCCUAAACACUGGUUCGUCCUCUGUAAUUAUAUUAUUAAAAUAGGACAUUACGAAACACUGUAAGCCUUAUUGGGCUGAAUUUUAUACUUUUUCAUCUCAUAAACAGACUCGUAAACAGACUGUACAAAAACUAAGAUAAUUUUUUUCUUAUGGUUAUCUGGAUCUUCCUUUCCAACCAGUACACCAAUUUUGAACAGAUAAGUUGUAUUUGUUCAUUAUUCAAAGUGGCCAAUUCAAGAAACUUGUGAAUACUGUACAUUUAUUUUUCUUCCAUACUUUAGCAGUGAAAAUAUUUGUUUAGUUAAAACCAAAAAGUUUGCAUGGGCUUCCUCAGAACGGGACCUUUGAAAGUCUACUUAUUAUUCUUGUAACAAGACUAGAGUGCAGUGUUCAAGGUGAACUUCUGCUUUGGAAACUGAUACCACUUGUCCAAAUGUCUGUGAUGAAUCCCAUUACUUCCUUCCUCUCUACAUGUGUAGCCUCUUGGGCUGGAAGUCUUUGUUUGAAAAUUGAAUUCCAUAAAUGUGAUUAUAUCAUGCUAUGCAGAAUCUUUAUUGUUUGAGUCUCUCUCUUUUUAAAUUGUUUACAAUCCCUUGGUGAUUUUGAAGCUGGUUCAUGAACCUUAUGCUUCAGAUGUUUUAUACAAGUUGUUGUGCUUUAAUCAUAGUUCACUUGCAUCAACUAUGGUAAAAAUACAGUGUUAAGUGUUGGGGUUGCAAUGUUUUGCGAGAUUUUUUUUUAUUUGCAUCAUUCUGUGUUGUGUGUAAAUAUUUGGUUUCUUUGUGUGCUCAAGACUGAUAAGAGCUAAAUGUUGUUUUGAGCAAUGUCUUUUAAAUUGCUGUUCCUCAGAAUUAAGUUAUGUGCAUAGAAGUAUAUUUUUGCCAUAUUUAUACAAAUGAUAAAUCAGAAGCACACAUUUUGAAGAACCAUGCGGCGGUUAGUUUAAAAUAAAAUAUACCUGUAUAUGUAAAGGCUGGAUCAACAGUUGCCCUUUAUUCUAGUACCGGAAUUCCUCAUCAGUAGAUAUAUUACUGUACUUCAUAUUUAUGCAUAGAAAUUAUCUUCCAAAUUGUCAUCAGAUCAUUCAUAUUGUAGUAUUUAAACAAUUUUGAGUCACUAGUUCAGGCUUCCCUGAACCCAGGUGCAUGGGCUUUGACCUACAAACUUGUGGAUCAUAUGAUACAUCCAGUAGUUCUGAAGUUACAUCCAGUAGUACUCAAGGACUCGGCAGUAUUGUCAGCCAGUAUCGCAGAGAAAAUUUCAAAAUGUUUACAUAUGUUUUAUGUAUGUAUGCAAGCUAAUUGAAGGAAAAUAGCUGAAUGAAUAUGGGCCCCAGUGUGUACUCUACAAUCAAUAGAGGUUAUAACAGAUCUGAGCAUAUAAAUUACCUUCAUGAAAUAUCCCAGGCUCGACACAUUACUGUACUUGAACAAAUGUGUUAUGUUCAUCUAAUUUUGUUUUACCCUGGACUAGGCAAAGGAUUACAUUGGGAAGGGCCAUGAAGCAGCAAGAAAUAAAUAUCAUUAAGUAACUUUGUCAGAAAAAACAUUCGAGACUGAAGUGCAAUUGUUUGCUUCGGUUUUUUAAAUAAAACAAAUGGUACACUGAUAUUCAUUUUAAUAUUUCAUAUGAAAAAGAUGCAUAUCACAUUUAUAUUCCUCAUACAAUAUUUUUUGUAUGGUAUUGUAUACAGUACUAUUAAUCUAUGUAAAUAUCAUUUAAGCAUUCACAAUAAAUUAAAUUUCAUAUAUUUUAAAAAUAAUGGCAGCUUUGAUUCAAUUCCAUGCUCAGAAUGGAAAGGUUUUUGCCAAGUCUUGAGAUAAGUGUUAUAAUGGAUUUUUACAGUCAUCAUAACACACGAUGGAUUUGUUUUAUUACAUUAUUGUUUUAUUUUAUAUUAUUUCACGGAGCUGCAUAUUUUGUGGUACAGUACUUUGAUUCUGUAUGUGAUAGUGGACUUGCAUAAAGAAAUUGCUCUCAGGUUCUAUGUGUCGUAUAGAAAAAUUAAUCAAAUCCUAUUCUACAGUAUUGUAAAUAGUACUAAUAGUUUAGGUACAAAGGGAUACUCCAGAUAGGUAUGGACGCAGAGGUUUAUUUAACACUUAUAAAAGUUGGACUCGUGUCUUAUGAUUUUAGUUUCCCGAAGAAUAGGAAAGCGAAACACUUUCAGAUAAAAUUGAUGUGUUGCUUGUCAUGAGUGCUAUGUGGUGGUUUAUAUUUUUGUAUUGAUUGUAUGUACAAUGCUUACAAGUUUGUGCUGGCAGCUGCAAGUGUCUUGUGGCUGAUCAUACCAAUAGUAAUCUCAAGCAGAUUUUGUGAUAGCUCUUUAGAACAUAUGCCUGGCCCCUGGCUUCUAAUGCAUCUUUAAUGAGUUGAUAGUGAUGCUAGAUGGACAUGCUGUAUAUCGUUCUCGUACACCGUCACAGUACAGAUUUUUAGCAAUAAUUGUGGAAAUUGUAAAUUUUUGUGUAGCUUCCCAUCUAUAUCCAGCAUUUUAACUAGGGGGGGGUUGUUCUUAAAUAUUUUCUGAUUUUUUUUUUUGUUCACAUGAAAGUAGUCACAUCUCAAUGGGUUUGAGGUGAAUUACUAUAGUAUUAAAGGAGAGUUCAAGUAUGGUGUGUUUUUCCUAAUUUAGGCAGGUACGGGAACGGUGUCUAAUGUCAGAAGUGUCAAAACCUCAAGGUUGCAAUUGUGCUGCAGUUAUUUAUAUUUAGGAUUGGUGACAGAUGUGCCAAUAAAUGCUGCACAUGUAUAAUGAACUAAAUUAAAAAUUAUAAAUUCUUAACAUUUAAAAUGUCAUAAAUUAGGCAUUAAAUAAGUAACUUUAGAUUUUGGCCAUAAUAACUAUUUUUAGUAAAAUCUGUUUUGUAUACUUAUUGGGCUUUGAUAAAAUUUCAGCAGUGCAAGUUCUAUAUUACAGAACAAUAUUGUUGGGAUGUAUCAGUGUUUUUUCAUAUUAUUCUUAUAGUACAGUACUGUACUGUAUUCUACUUAUAUUAAGCAAAAGUAUUAUCUGACAUGACAACAACAGCCAUUAAAUUAAAUAUUUUAAAUAGACAUAAAAAUUCCAAUUGUUACAUUUAUACUGUAAUUUUUUCACUAAUAACUGGUGAUACAGGUACUGCAUAUUUAUUUAAUUGUGUUAAUUUAACACAAAUUACUUGCUGUAUGUAAUCUGACAUAAUUUAAUGUAGACGAGUCUGCAGUGAAUAACACUUGAAAUGUUACUACUUGUAGCAACAAAUGAAGUGUUCUUAUCAUUAAACUUCAUUUGCAUGCUGCUGUCAUCAAAUAUAUAGUAAAACCUCCAGUUAUAUGUGGAGUUAUGUUUCUAGGUCCUUCAUGCAUUAUUACUUUCACGUACUGUAUUUUUGUUAAUUGGACACUGCUAUGUAGUUAUACUGACUUAGUGCUUUCUGUUGAUAAUUACUUUAGACUGGUUAAUAGUAAGUAAUGGGUACGAGUUCUCGGCAUUGAAAGUUAAUAAAAAACAUUAAAGUAAAAUGCAUAACGAUAAUUGUGUAAGUGUAAUGCUUUACUCUUUUCUCAUUUACAGAAAGAACUAUAACAGCCUCGAUUAAGGCCACAAUGUGUGUGAUAACACAUUGUUCAUGGUGAUAAUGUUACUGUGUUGGAAAGACAUUGAUUAAUAUUUCAGGGUACUAAUUGAAUCACUAGCAGGUAAACAGCUAUUGAGAAGGGCAGACUGCUGCGAUGGGCAUUAUCUUCAAUACUUCGCAGGGAUCCUUCAGUGUCCCUAUUCACGCUUGUAUCCCAUUUUAAUCAGUACACGCGUUCUGAACCUGGCAUGCACUGUUUCUCAAUCUUUUACUACAAGACCGGUAAGUUUACAAAAGUCUUUCUCUGUGAGUGUUCGUAAAGUUUUGCCAUGUAUUGUGCCAACAUUGCAUCCAUGGAAAAUCUUGAUUGUUACGUUAUGCCAAGCUCUGACCUGCGUAGUGAAAAGGUUUUAUCCUUUCCUUGCCACCCCCUCACAUUCCUGAUAGUAUUUCAGUUUUUUUUUUUUUAGAUAAUCAAAAUUUGUGUGUAAUUCUACUAGGAAAAUCUAGGCAGACCAGCUUGAGUGUGUUUAGGUUAGGUUUGCUUGAUAUAGCUCUCCUUUACUUCUUGCUCAUCUGUGUUGUGUGUCUAUCAUUUGCAUCCUCUUCUGAUAGGUCAUCAGUGAGGAGGUACAGUAACUCAAUUAUCAAAUAUUGUAGAAUUGCUCAAUUUGUGAUCUCCUAGACAUGCAAACUCUGCCUGAGAAUUACUUAACACCAACCCUAUGACGGUGCUUUGGCAUAGAUACGAGCCUGGGGAAAUGCUGGCCCCAAGCCGGGCUCGGGUAGUAGAAGAACUCCCGAAACCCUCUCCAGGUAUGCUAGGACACUGCUACUAUUGAAAAUUUGCUAGGAGUAACUCAUUGGAGGAUUAUAGGAACCUUGCAAUAGCCAUAAGCUUCCUGUCACUAUUAUGGCCAACACACAAAAGUACUGCAAAUAAAGAACAAAUUUCAAAUUACAGUAAUAUUUAAAAUGCUUGAUUACUUAAUGCAUGGUUUACCUGCUAAAGAACUCUUGCCCUAUUGUAUGUUCUUGUAUUAAAUUGAUAAAGACUUGUGUGUGAUAACCAGGCAAAGACUGCAGGCUCCCACAGUUCUGAACGUUGGGUGUCAAAUAUGACACUCGGAAGAUGGUGCAGUGUAGCUUGUGAAAUGUGGAGGAGAGGUAUCUUCAUGCACUACAUUAUUAAAUGAAGUGAUGUAUAUGUUGUGAAUAAAUACAUUUAUAUUAUUACCAGGUAUUUACAUUCCUAGAAUGUAAAAAAAAAAAAAAUCUUUCCGAUUACAGUUCUCAUUUUUCAAAUGCGUCAAAGUUUUUAUAACAUUAAUUAAAGUGACUGCACUAGUCCAUGGAUAUUUAAUGGUUGAUUGGAUCCUAUCUCCUGCACUAUUCAUUCAAAAUAUUUGCUUAAUUUCCUGGUUUCCAAUUUUUCAGAAAUACUGUAUAGUGUAUAUAUUUGCCUUUGGUACUGUUCUGUAGAUCAAAAUUAGUUUAAAAGUUAAUUUUACACAUAUAAUAAAAUGCACAAAAUUUGUGUGAAUUGACUGUCCAAGAAAGAGGACUAUGACAGAAGCAGAGACUUUAAAUGUUACUUUCUCUUAAUUCUCAAUGUUGAACCACAAUAUUGUUAAUGAGAAUGUUUCAGUUACAUGGCCUCCAGAACAUUGCACCCCUUGCAGAAUUUAAGAACUUUACUUCUAACUUCUAAAUUUUUCUUAGUAUGUAUCUGACCUUAAUUAUUUGAAUGGAUUUCUUGCUCUUUAAAUUCUAGUUUUGUAGAGCAUAUAAAAGGAAGUUUCAGUACUUUUAUUUGCCAAAUCAAAAUUCAUAAUUAUAUAGGUAAAUCAUGGAGCAUUGAAGCUGCAUCUUCCAUGCUUAAAUAAGAUAAAACUGACUAUUACUCUCUCUCUUUAAAGUGAUAUUCCAUUAGCCAUCCCACUUUAAUGUGAGGGGGAAAUGGCUUAUUAGAUUUACUGUAUAGAAAUAGGUUACUUUGAGGAUCAAAUUGGUCACAAGUUCAAUUAACAUGUAUAUUUUUGGGUUGAGGUUCACUAAUUAUCUCAUUCACCAGCUUAUAGUUCACUCCAUUAACAAAGCAACAAGCAGUUAAUGAAAUAAAUUUAUCCUAUAUGAUAAAUGUUCCUGUAGAGAUGGGUUAUUAUUGAACUCUCUUUACCUUGAGGUACAGUAUACAGCUACCAUUAGUGACUCGCAGUAUAGCCAUAAGGUAGGAUUACAGUGUAUUCCAAACAAAUGGUGCAGCUCAUUUCAAAGUCAUUUUUUUUUAUUAAACUAGUGAUGAUACUCUUUUUAAGUAUUUUUUUCAAUUUUUUUUCUUUGAAGAUAUGUUUUAAAGUUCUGUGCAAAUUUCCCAUUAAAGGUUUUCUUGGUUGUGAUGAUGUACUAUUUUCUAGAUAUCCAAUGGGAAGAACCAUACAUUUGUUCUUACAGAUUCCUUUAAUAUUUUAUGUAAAUUAAAAGUGAAUAGAUAUUUUUGUAUAAAAGUGGAUGAUGUUAACUGUAUUUUACUUUUAUUUGUGUUAUACACCAUAUUAUUCAUUCUUACUCUUUAUGUUGUGUUGUGUAAGUAUGCACAUGACUUUUGAGCAAUGGGACAAUGAGUCUAGCAGGUAAAUAUGAUAAAGAAAUAAACAUUACUGUAAUGGAACUUUACAUGGGGGUGUGCUAGAGUUAUGAGGGUGCUUUUCAAACCUAUUUUAAUACUGCCAGCCUUUUUACUCUAAAUUCAAUUCAUUUUCCUACUUAAUACUCCUUAAAACCACGAAAACUACUUUAAUCAGCAAUGUAAAUAACGGAUGACUUUUUGUGGAUUAUUGCAUAAUUAGUGGUUUGCUGUAUGAGAUAGUAUUUUGAGCAUGCCUCUUGACUAGACGUACUCCCAGAAUAAAUCCAGUUUAAAUUUUUAUGCUUUACAUUUUGUACUUGUAUAUAAAUAUACAUAUAUAAAUAUAUAUAUUUUAUUAUAUUGUACUUUACAAAGUAUUUGAUAGUAAUUCUUCCCAGUGCUUAUUAAACCAAUACCUCAUGCCAUAUUUGAUGAGCCAGUCAGCGGGGCAUUACUGUAAAAUGAUGGUUGUUUUAAGACUAUAUCAGGAUGUUGGCUGAAUUCAGUUCAUUCCUGGGUUAAGAAAAUCGAGUAGUGCAUUUGGAUUUCGUGUGUGUAUUGUACUAAUACUUAUUAUAGGACAUUGCUGAAGAUUGGAGAGAGCAGCAUUGUCAAUGUGAACAAUACAGUGAAAUAUUAAAUUUUACAAAUGUUUUUUUAAAUACUGAUUUAAAUAUAUCAUUUUUCAAACUUGAGCAGGAUGGGUGUACUUGGAGUAUGGAGUUUCAGAAUUCAACUAGAUUGAGAGAUGUAUGUGCAUGUUAUUGUAGCAGAGUCUGGAAAAUAGUAGUAUAAAUUUUGCUUUUACUCCAUAUGAUCUCAGGAUAAUUGAACUUCAAUUUUGGCAGUGUUGUAGGAUUAAGACAUCCACGAUCUUUGUACCAAAUGGUUACUUGUGCAAGUUUCAUUAGACUCUGAUGCCUGUUUACUUUCCUUUGUUAAUCUUUUUUUUUUUUAGUUUUACAGUAUUUGUAUACUUAAUUUGGUUGCUUCAUUUGGUAGCUCAGUAUUUAUGAAAACCCUCAACAUACUCAUGGAUAAAUUUCAAGCGAGACUUAAUUUCAAACAUACCUGUUGUAUGUCAUUUAUAAUCUGUAAAUGCUUUGACUCUGCUAAUACAAUAACAAUACAUAUAUCAAAUAUACAGUACUGUAUAUAGUUGCUUAACAAACAAAAUCUACCUUUGUCACUGUAUGAUAACAGAUCUUCAGGUAUGUGAUAUUGUUACAUGCCUGCCAAUUAUUGGCAUUCUUACAUGAAUAAAUAACCUUGCAGAUACAGGUUUAUGCGUGAUAAGUAAUCUAUGAAGACAAGCCAUGUCUUUUGUUUGAUGUAAAUUUAUUUAAAUUUGACUUUUCUCAUUUCAUUAAAACAGGUGUAUGCAGUUAGUGUUUAUGGUAAUCUUUGAUCUUAAUGUCUAAAUUGGCUAUAAUAUUGGUAGAAUAAUUAAUCUAAAGUAUUCCUUGACAAAUAAGUUUUAUUUUAUUAGUUACUCUUAACAUACAAGCUACUGUAUUUACAAUAUAAAACAUGCUAAGGGACCCUACCUCAAUUUAUUUUAUAUUUGUGUAUAUAUAUAUAUAUAUACACACACACAGUAUAAUAAAUUAUACAAAUCCUGUCUACAUUAAUAAAUUUUUUGGGAGUGAAAAGGAGCAAAGGAGUUUUUGUUUUCAAAGAUGGGGCGUAUUACUAGGGAGGUUCCAGUGGGUAUGGUGUGGCUCUUCCCUUUUAAAAGCGUGCGCUGCUGUGCCACUCCCCCCUACAUACACCCAGUCUCCCUCCUUCGGAGAAUGGGUGCAUGUGCACCUUUACCCACCCUUUCUUUCACGUGCUGAUGCAAUAUGCAGUGCCAUCAGAGGGAUUGCAAUUUGCCCUAACCUUUUUCAUUUUGCCAUCUUCCUUCUAUCUUGUUAGUAUGGUUAGCUAUAACUAUUACUGUUUGGAUUCUUUUAUCUAUGAUUAUUAGUUUUCCUAAUAAAUUCUACCUAUUUUUGUUUAACUCAUUUACGUAUGUGCCUGUUAAAAACGCUUCAUUCAUCAUACAGUAAAUACUGGUACACUACAUUUAAAUAUUUCAUAUGACUUCCUGAUAAUUUACACCUGCAAUGUUCACUUGCUUCACCUACAACAUUUACACUGCUACCUGUUAGAAAUCAAGUAAUGCUUCCUCAUUUUCUUUUCAUGUGUGUAGUUAAUGAACACUAAAAUUUCACUGUUCAAUAUUAUAUUUUGUGCUGUAUUUUCAUUAUAUUUAAUGUUGCAUUGUUGAUUGUUCACAUAUAAUUUACACACAUUUACAUUAUAUUACACUUUAUUUAUUUUAUAAAUAAAGUUGUACAUUCUC